UUGAGACACUGAAGCAGCUGUAGCAACCAUGGGCUACUCCGUGAACAAGCUCGCCUCGGAGCUCGUGGCCGCCGCCGAGCCGACGCCGUCAACACGCCUCCUGCUCUCCUCCAUGGACCGCAUCGCGGGGAUCAGGUUGAUGAUCGACCUGAUACUUGUGUUCGAGAACGGGCUGCAGCCGGCGAAGGCCAUCAGGGCGGCGUUGUCCCGUGCUCUCGUCCUUUACUUCCCCGUCGCGGGGCGGAUCGUGGAGCCGAUCCCCGGUGAGGCCGAGGUGGACUGCACCGGCGAUGGCGUGUGGUUCGUCGAGGCCUCCGUGGAUUGCAGUCUCGAAGAUGUUAACAACCUGGAGCGCCCUCUCCUGCUGCCUAGGGAGGAUCUCAUCCCCUAUGCCCCCCCUGACGUGAUCGAGGGAGACAUGACCUUGAUGCUCCAGGUGACGGAGUUCAGAUGCGGUGGGUUCGCAGUGGGCAUCAGAUUCAAUCACACAAUGUUCGACGGCAUCGGGGUCGCCCAGUUCUCGAAAGCAGUCGCUGAGCUCGCAAGAGGCCACGCUUGUCCCCUCGUUAAGCCAGUAUGGUGCAGGGAAGCCAUCCCUAGUCCGCCGAACCUAUCGCGACGACAUGCACCCUCCCCCCCUGGCAUCCACUUCGAGACCUCCGUGUUCGACAUCUCCUCCGACCAGAUCAACGCGUUGAAGAAUCAAUUCUGCAGGGAGACGGGCCAGAAGUGCUCCACCUUCGACGUGGUCACGGCGAUGCUCUGGCAAUGCCGGACGCGGGCGAUAAGCCUGGACCCUCACGCCGACAUGCACCUCGGCUGCGCCGCCAACACCCGCCACCUGCUGCGGGGGCUGCUGCCGCAGGAAGGUUUCUACGGCAACUGCGUGUACCCCAUGGGAAUCAAGGCGAACGCCAGGACCAUCUCUGGUUCCUCGCCGGUGGAGGUGAUCGAGCUGAUACGAGCCGCCAAGACGAGGAUGCCCGCCAUGUUCUUGGACUGGAUGAUGGGGUACACGGACGACGACCCGUACGAGAUGCCAUUGGAGUACGGGACGCUGGUGGUGUCGGAUUGGAGCAGGGUGGGGUUCUCAGAAGUGAACUAUGGGUGGGGGGAGCCGAUCCAUGUCGUUCCGUUGAAUGAUGACCACAACUUCAUCCCUUCCUGCAUCUACCUGCAGCCGUCCAAGCCGAAGCAAGGCGUGAGGUUGAUGACACGAUGUGUUCAAAAGGAACAUCUACCUGCCUUCACCGAAGAGAUGAAGCAGUUUGUCCAUAAUUAGCAUGACAUCAACCAUCCUCCGCCUGGCUUGAAGGAACGGUUGAUGCAGUCAUGACUGCAACCUACCUCUCGUUGCUCAUGUUGUUCUUCAUGUGAUGCUAAUAAAUGGGACUCUAUCCAUACGAUCCUUA